UCUAGCAACGACAUCAGCUCAGACAUGACACUGGUAGAUUACCUUCGGAAUCAUUUAGAGCUGCGUGGAACAAAAUACAUGUGCCGCGAGGGUGGGUGCGGCGCGUGCAUCGUCUCUGCCAUCAAAGCACCAGGCCAACAGCCCGUUGCUGUUAAUUCUUGUCUUGUGUCGCUCCCUUCGUGCCAAAACUGGGAUAUCACCACCAUAGAGAAAGUCGGUAACCGACUCGAUGGCUACCACAAGAUUCAGAAAGUGCUUGCUGAGAAGAACGGCACUCAGUGUGGCUACUGCACUCCUGGUUGGGUCAUGGCUAUGUAUAGUCUCAUAAAUACCCAAAAAGAUAUUUCAAUGCUCGAUAUCGAAAAAUCUUUUGCGAGUAACAUCUGCCGGUGUACAGGCUACAGACCAAUCUUGGAUGCGUUUAAAUUGUUUGCCAAAGACUCUCCAUCUUGCAGCAAAAUUACCGACAUCGAAAAUCUUACUUCAUGCAAAAACAAUAACAAAUCAUGCACCAAGAAAUGUAACGAUAAAGUUUGGUGCCAUAUCACCAAAGACGAUGCUUUACCUGUGGGUAAAGUUGAAAAAGCCCUUAAAGAUGGAAAAAUAUGGUACACAGUAGAAAAAGUUGGAGAUAUUUUUGAAAUCUUGGACGUAGAAGGAAAUGAGUCUUAUAUGCUAGUUGCAGGAAAUACUGCUAAAGGAGUAUACCCGAUUGAGGACUAUCCGCAUAUUUUAAUAGAUAUCAAUAAAGUGAAAGAGCUAAAAGGUUACAUGAUGGAUCAGAACCUCAUCAUUGGUGCUGCUACAACUCUCAAUGAAAUGAUAAACAUCUUUCAGGAUGUUUCUAAGGAAGAAUAUUUUGGUUAUUUACAAAAAUUUGCAGAUCACAUGAAUUUGGUAGCCAAUAUUCCUGUAAAGAAUUUAGGGACAAUUGGAGGCAAUCUCAUGAUAAAGCAUCAACAUAAGGAAUUUCCAUCCGACAUUUUUAUUUUACUUGAAACGGUUGGAGCUAUGCUGACCAUUUUGAAUUCUCGUGAGCGCAAAGAGACAUUGACAAUGCAACAAUUUUUGGAAACAGACAUGAAAAAUACGGUUUUGUACAAUAUAAUGUUACCACCAUUCAAUGAUUCAUAUAAAGUCGUCACUUACAAAAUAAUGCCUCGUGCUCAAAAUGCGCAUGCUAUUGUCAAUGCAGGAUUUCUUUACAAAUUGGAAAACGAAGAUGGUAAAGUAAAAGAUGCUAGAAUAGUUUACGGUGGUUUAUCUUCGUCGUUCAACAGAGCAAAAGAAACUGAAACUAUGCUGAAAGAGAAGAUGUUAUUUGAAAAUGAAACUUUGCAAUCAGCAAUUAGUUCCUUAGUUAAUGAGUUAGAGGUUGUUGAGAAUCCACCUGAACCAUCGGCUAGUUAUAGAAAACAGUUGGCUGUAGCGUUGUUUUAUAAAAGCUUAUUAUCAUUAUGUCCAGUUGGUAAAUUAGACCCUAGGCAUCAAUCAGGGUCUGUAGACCUAAAUAAAUUUAGACCGGUGUCGAAAGCCAGUCAGGAAUAUUCUACUGACCGAAGAUUGUAUCCUUUAAACCAACCUGUGGAGAAAGUGGAGGGUUUGAUUCAAUGUUCCGGUGAAGCGAAGUAUACAGAAGAUUUACCUUCAAUUACACGUGAAGUGUUUGCAACAUAUGCCACAAGUGACGUGGCUAUAGCCGAUAUAGAGUCGAUAGAUGCCCGCGAUGCUUUGAACUAUCCUGGGGUCAUCGCGUUUUACACUGCUGAUGAUAUUCCAGGACCUAAUAACUUCAUCCCAGUAGGCACAUUGAUUUUUGUUGCAAGUGAAGAAGUGUUAUGUAGUAAAAAAGUCAAAUACUACAAUCAACCUUUAGGCAUAAUAGUGGCUGAAACACGCAGCAUUGCUGAAAAGGCCGCUAAAAUGGUGAAAGUGAAAUACAGCAAUGUUAAAGAGCCUGUACUGGAUAUCAAAGUGGCCAAAAACGAUGCGUCAAGAACUAAAUUGUUGCUACCGUUUCCUGCAAUAGAAAAAGGCUUUGAUGUUGCAAAGGUGAUCAAAACUGAAUACACAAUAUACGGCCAAUACCAUUUCUGUAUGGAGACGAUGACUUGCAUAACACGACCGACAGAAGAAGGAAUGGAAGUGUUUACAACGACUCAAUGGACGGAUGUCAUUCAGAACAUGAUAUCACAAGCAUUGAAGAUUCAACUCAAUAAAAUUGACGUUCAUGUUCGUCGACUCGGCGGUGCCUUUGGCUUAAAGAUAUCGAGACCUACACAGCUGGCCAUUGCUUGUAGUCUUGUAACACAAAAGCUGAACAGACCAUGUCGUUUUAUACAGUCUUUAACGUCGUCCAUGAGAACUGUGGGAAAGAGAUUCCCUUGUUCAGCAAACUUUGAAGUCGGAGUUAAUAAAAAAGGGAAAGUACAAAACAUGAAGUGCGACAUCUACGAAGACAACGGGUAUAUUAGUAGUGAAAUAGUAGCUCUACUUGGAUUUGAUUCGUAUAGUAACUGCUACGAUAGGCUCAGAUGGAGUUACAAAUGCUAUAACACCAAUACAGACAAUGCGAAAAAUACUUAUUGCAGAGCACCAGGAACAUUAGAGCAUAUUGCAAUGGCAGAAUGGAUUAUGGAACAGAUCUCAUACGAAAUGCAAUUAAACCCUUUAGAUGUGAGAUUUGCUAACGUAGAAGAAACAAAGUAUGGGGAAUAUAAAGCAAUGGUUGAUAGUGUUAAAAGUAAAUCCGAUUAUGAUAACAGAAGAGCAGCUGUCGACAAGUUUAAUAAAGAAAACCGAUGGAAAAAACGUGGUUUGAGAUGGUCGUUUAUGAAAUGGAAUCCUUUGAGUCCUGCUUAUUUCGACGUGAAUCUCUCAGUAUAUCACGGAGAUGGAUCAGUCAUUAUCACUCAUGGAGGUGUCGAGAUGGGACAAGGCAUCAACACGAAAGCUGUUCAGAUUUGUGCUUAUUUACUAAAGAUACCAAUGGAUAAGAUUCAAAUAAAAGCAAGCAAUACCACAAUAGCUCCGAAUGCUUUUUUGACAGGCAGUAGCAUUACAUCGCAGAAUAUUGGUAGAGGUGUAGAGAAGUGUUGUAAAGAGCUAUUGAAAAGAUUAGCGCCAAUUAGGAUCUUAUUGCUGAAUCCACCUUGGGAGAAAUUAAUCAAAAAAGCGUUUGCACUUAACAUAGAUUUGCAAGUACAUGAAUUCAUUGGAGAGUUUGUGUCUCCAAUAUUUACUGCGGUUGGUGUGACUUUGGCAGAGGUUGAAGUAGAUGUCCUUACUGGAGAAUUUCAGCUGCUGAGAGUUGAUUUGUUGGAAGAUGUAGGGAGGAGUAUAAGCCCUGCUAUAGAUGUUGGUCAGGUGGAAGGUGCUUUCAUAAUGGGUAUGGGAUACUGGACCUGUGAGAAUCUGGUAUAUGCUAAGACUGGCGAACUCCUCACAGAUCGCUCCUGGAACUAUCAUGUGCCUCAGGCUAGAGAUAUCCCCCAGGACUUCAGAGUCUAUUUCAAAGAAAAUUCGUAUAGCGGUGAUAUAGCUCUUGGAGCUAAAGUGACUGGUGAACCUCCGAUAUGCAUGGCAGUGGUGGUGCCCUUUGCAAUCAGAGAGGCCCUAUCUGCAGCUAGAACUGAAUCCGGCAUCCCUACUACUGAAUGGUUUCAUAUUGAUGGCCCAUAUACCUUGGAAAACAUUUGUAUGGCAGCCGCAACAAAAUACGAGCAGUUGAAAUUGCAGCAGUGUCCUCUGGCAAUCAUGGAUACAAUACAACUAACAGUUAACGGGCAGCAGUACACUGUGGAAGGAGCGGAGGUGAGCUCCGACACGAUGCUGGUGGACUACCUCAGGCAGCACCUCGAGCUCAGGGGCACAAAAUUCAUGUGCCGUGAGGGUGGCUGUGGAGCCUGCAUCGUGACUGCCGUCAAGUCGCCUGGAGACCAGCCGGUAGCUGUAAACUCUUGCCUGGUGUCAGUAACUUCUUGCCACAACUGGGAAAUCACCACCGUUGAAAAAGUGGGGAACAAGCUGGACGGUUACCAUCCCAUUCAAAAAACAUUGGCUGAGAAUAAUGGCACUCAGUGCGGACACUGCACUCCUGGUUGGAUCAUGGCUAUGUAUAGUCUUGCACGAAGCAAAAAGAAUUUAACCGAAUUGGAGAUCGAAAAAUCGUUUGCGAGCAAUGUGUGCAGAUGCACUGGAUACAGACCAAUUUUAGCGUCAUUUAAAAAGUUUGCUGCUGAUGCUAAAAACAAUCAAAUAGCUGAUAUAGAAGAUUUGUAUGUCUGCAAAAAGAGCAACGAAGUUUGUAACAAAUCAUGUGAAGAGUAUGAAUGGUGCUUUGUAAACGAUAAUUUGAAUCAAGAUGAAGUUAUUAAGAUAAAUCUUAAAGAUGGCAAAAAGUGGUAUAGAGUUACACAAGUAUCUCAAAUAUUUGAUAUUCUACGCGCUGAAGGUGAUGAAUCAUACAUGUUGGUUGUUGGAAAUACGGCAAAAGGAGCGUUCCCAAUUGAUGAAUAUCCAGAAAUAUUAAUAGACAUAAGUGGAGUAUCUGAAUUAAAAGGUCACAUUUUUGACCAAAACUUGGUCAUUGGUGCGAUCACCACCCUCACCGAACUUUUGGAUAUAUUCGAAAGUGCUGCUGAAGAGAGAAGCGAUGAAUUUGGUUAUUUAAAGAAGUUUCAUGAUCACAUUCAGUUAGUUGCUACUAUACCAGUAAGAAAUGUAGGGUCCAUUGCAGGGAAUCUAAUGACUAAGCACGAACAUCCAAUGUUUCCUUCAGAUAUAUUUUUACUCCUCGAAACGGUUGGCGCUUAUGUGACUAUAGUUGAUGCAAACGGAUCUAAAGAAGUACCUAUGAUGGAAUUCCUAAAUGCAGAUAUGAAAGGAAAGAUUUUGUAUAACGUCAUGAUACCGCCUUUGAAUAAUCAAUAUAAAAUAGAAACAUUUAAGAUUAUGCCGCGUUCACAAAAUGCACAUGCUAUAGUCAAUGGAGGAUUUAGAUACAAAUUAAGUAAUGAUAAUAAAGUCCAAGAGGCAAGAAUAGUGUAUGGAAAUCUAUCUCCAGAAUUUAUUAGAGCAACGAAAACAGAAGAAUACUUGAAAGGAAAAGCGUUGUUUUCAGAUGAUGUUUUACAAUCAGCUCUUAAAGUAUUGAAUGAGGAAAUAGUCGUCAUAGAACAUCCGCCAGAUGACUCUGCUGCUUAUAGAAAACAAUUGGCUUUAGCUCUAUUUUACAAAGGUCUUUUGACGCUUUGUCCGAGUGACAAAGUAGAUGCUCGCUACCGUUCAGGUGUAAAGCGCCUCCAUGACUCCCGACCGGUGUCUAGCGCUCAGCAGAGCAUACCUACGGACCCCGACUUGUAUCCUCUCAAUGAGCCUAUACCAAAAGUAGAAGCUUUGAUUCAAUGUGCAGGCGAAGCGAAGUAUACUGACGAUCUACCAGCUUUUCCAAAUGAGGUAUUCAGUGCACUCGUAUUAAGUACGAUCCCCAAAGGAGAAAUCAAGUCCAUUGAUGCUUCUGAAGCUUUGAAACUACCCGGUGUGAUAGCAUUUUAUUCAGCCAAAGAUAUACCAGGGAAAAACUCUUUCAUACUAAUAGCGACAAUAGCAUUUAUUAAAGACGAAGUAAUUUUUUGCGAUGAUAAAGUAAGUUACUACAACCAACCAUUAGGUAUAAUUGUAGCAGAAUCUACAGCGCUAGCAGAAAGAGCUGCCAAAAAGGUCAAAGUUACUUAUAAAAAUGUUGAAACGCCAGUGACUGAUGUGAUGGUAGCCAGAAAAGAUGAAUCGAGAACCAAAUUAUUUUUGCCGAUUCCUAAUAUCGGUCGUGGGCUAUUUGUGAAAAAAGAGUUCAAAUCGAACUACACAAUACGUGCACAGAUUCAUUUUCCUAUGGAGUCCAUAGUAUGCGUGACCCGGCCAUCAGAGAUGGGUCUCGAAGUCCACUGUACCACCCAAUGGAUGGAUGCUGUGCAGUAUACGAUUGCAAAGGCUUUAAAUUUAGAUAUUAACAGAGUGGAUGUUUUUACGAACAGAGUCGGUGGUGGCUUUGGACUAAAAAUAUCAAGGAGCUCCUUGGCCGGUGUUGCCUGCAGUCUAGUGGCCUAUAAACUGAACAGACCCUGCCGUUUGUUUCUGUCAUUGCCAACAGUCGCAAAAGGUAUUGGCAAAAGGUUACCAUGCUCCUGUGACGUAGAGGUUAAAGUGAAUAGCCAAGGCCGUGUACAAUACAUGGAUUACGAUGUAUACGAAGAUAACGGUUAUAUUAACAGUUUACUAUUAUCCGUAGUAGGAGUAGAUGCCCAUCACAACUGCUAUAAAAGAUUGUGGUGGAACUUCAAAAUUUAUGACUCUUUCACUGAUACUGCGAGAAACGAAUAUUGUAGAGCACCCGGAACAUUGGAAAACAUAGCUAUGGCAGAAACAAUCAUGGAACAGAUUUCAUAUGAACUCUCAUUAGAUCCCUAUGAAGUGCGAAUGACUAAUUUAGAUUCACUUUUGUAUGGAGAUAUUAAAGAAAUGGGAGAUGAUUUGAAAACCAAAGCUGACUAUACAAAACGAAGAGAUGCGGUGACGAAAUUCAAUGCUGAAAAUAGGUGGAAGAAACGCGGCCUAAGAUGGGCAUUGAUGAAGUACACUCCUCUUAGUCCGGCAGGUUACGAAGUUAAUAUGUCUAUUAAUCACGGUGAUGGAUCGGUUACUAUAAACCAUGGAGGUAUUGAGGUAGGUCAAGGAAUCAAUACAAAAGCUAUCCAGAUUGCCGCAUACUUUUUGAAAAUUCCUAUCGACAAGAUAAAAGUGAAAGGACAAAAUACCGUAACAACCCCAAAUGGCAUUUUCACUGGUGGAAGUUUGACAUCACAAAGCAUUGGGCAGGGUGUAGAAGAUUGCUGCAAGCAGCUGCUUCUGCGGCUAGAACCUAUUAGACUUCUGCUACUAAAUCCAUCGUGGGAAAAGCUUAUAGACAAAGCAUAUACACUCAAUAUAGACUUGAUGGCCCGUAGUUUUAUAGCUCAUCUGAUCGCCCCUAUAUCUUUAGUAUAUGGCGUAACUUUGGCUGAAGUUGAAGUAGACAUAUUGACAGGGGAAUCGGAAGUUUUGAGAGUGGAUUUGUAUGAAGAUGUUGGACAAAGUGUCAGUCCUAAUAUUGAUGUGGGUCAGGUGGAAGGUGCAUUCAUAAUGGGUAUGGGAUAUUGGACAUCAGAGAAAGUUGUGUAUGACGACAAGACGGGAGAAGUGCUUUCAAAUCGCGCAUGGAACUACCACGUACCAUUAGCCAGGGAUAUCCCACAAGACUUCAGGGUUUACUUUAGGGAAAAAUCUUACAGCUCUGCAAAAAUUCUAGGAGCGAAAGUUACUGGAGAACCGGCUACGUGUAUGGCUAUUUGUAUACCUUUUGCAAUGCGGGAAGCUAUCAGCGAGGCCAGAAAAGAUGCAGGGAUUUCUACUACGGAAUGGUUUACGAUUGAUGGACCUUACACCACUGAACAGUUGUGCAUGUCAGCCGCGACGAAGCUCGAACACUUCAGAUUUAAGAGUAAAUAACCCUCUUUCUGGCGCAGUCGGGUAAAAAUAAACGCCCCGUAAACUAAAAAGUUUAUUUUGGAAAAAAAAGAAAAUACUUUAAUUAAAUAAACAGUUUUCAAUUUC